AUGGCCAACGACCAACAGCCGGGGAGGCAUCUGGCACACAGCCACGCACGCGAAGAAGACAUCCCAGGAACAGUCAACUUGAGGGCGGCCGAAGGCGACGACACCGGCUAUGGCCAGGCCCUCUUCCCCGUCCCGGCAGAGGAUCCCAACGACCCGCUGCAAUGGGGCAACACGAAGAAGACGUUAAUCCUGGUUACGUGCGCCCUGUAUUCCUUCCUAGGCAACACGGCCCUCCUAGGGCCAUCGGUAUACAUCACUAUUUUCUCACAGGAGUUUGGCAUCUCGCCAAACACCGCGUCUGGGCUGGUCAGCUAUGCCAACCUUGUGUUUGGAUUCGGCUCCCUCCUGCUGGUUCCCAUGUAUCGCAAAUUCGGUCGCAGGCCCGUGAUGCUCCUCUCCCUGAUGUGCUACUGUGCAGGCCUCAUCGGCGCGUCCCAGGCCACCUCGUACGGCGGGCUAAUGGCCGCACGAAUAAUCCACUCGUUUGGCUCCGGUGUCUGCGAAGCCCUGCCGGUCCAGCUGGUGAAUGAUAUCUUCUUCCUGCAUGAACGAGGCCAGCGCCUCGGAUAUUACACCUUUGCCUUGUGCCUGGGCGCCAUUGGCCCGCUCUUCGCGGGCUACAUGCUCAACGGCGGGUACUCGUGGCGCCUCUUCUUCUACGUCGAGAUCGCGUUCGGGGUGGCCCUCCUGAUAUUCGCCUUCUUCGUGGUCGAGGAGACGGCAUACCACCGCAAGCUGACGCAAGACUCUUCCGAUGGGCCCGAGGACGCGGAGAAGACGGAGGCGACGACAGUCGAGAGGAGUGUCACGGCCCGCUCGAGCGUGCCUAGGCGCAAGACAUAUCUCCAGACUCUCAAGUUCUGGGGGGUGUGGGAGCGCGACUCGGACUUCUUCCUCAUGAUGGCCCGGUCUUUUACUUAUUUCCUUGUCCCUCAUGUGUUCUGGGUGGUCACGACUUAUGGUAUCAACAUUGGUAUCGGAGCCCUGACUUUCAACUACAUCAUGCCGAUCAAGGUGGUAGCUCCCCCGUACAACUGGUCCCAGCUCAAUUCUGGGCUGGUGAGCGUCGGAACGAUCAUCGGCUACUGCGCCGCCCUUCCUUUCACCACCUCGUCUGACCGCCUGGCGGCCCGCUUGACCAAGAAGAACAACAUGGUGCGGGAGGCGGAGAUGAGGUUAGGCGUCUGCCUCCCUGCGAUGCUCAUCGCGCCCGCCGGGCUGGUAGUCUUCGGCUUCACGGCGGAGCGGAACCUCCACUGGAUCGGGUACUUCGCGGGGGUUAUCAUGUCGUCGUGGUCGAGCUACUUCUACUUCACGUUCGUGCUGAGCUACGCGCUGGACAGCUACACGGCGAACACGAGCGAGAUGCUGAUCGCGAUGAACCUCGGGAAGCAGGCGAUCAGCUUCGGGAUGGGUCUCAACCUGCUGGAGUGGGUACAGGCCAGGGGCUAUGCUGUGAUGAUCUCGGGCGUGUUCGGCGGCGUGCUGCUCGCUAACCAGCUAGCUCUCAUCCCGUUUAUGCUGUACGGGAAGAGCAUCCGGGCAUACAUGGCAAGGACUUGGUUGGCGAGGAUCCAUAGAGACAGCGUGAGAGAGGUCAUGACGGCGUGA